AUGAAUCCUGACCUUAUGACGGUGCUUAGCAUGCGCCAGAAAGAAAUGUCCUACCACCACCUGGCGCUGGACGGCCGCCCGAGUCUCACCACGUCGCUGCUGUCGCCGCUGGCGUUGGACCGUCACCUGCCCCUCCCGCUCCGCCUCGAGACCGAAGCUACGGCCCCGACCUACGCGCACUUUGGCUUCACGUGGCGCUGGAUCGUCGACACGACGACGCACUUUGCGCUCCAGCGGCAGACGGCGCACUUUGCCAACCAGUACGCGCAAGUGCUGCUGCGGCGUCGGGCGGCGACGCUGCAGGACAUGGCCGCGACGACGAAGUGGCACCGCGACGUGCCGCACGUGCAGAAGCAGCUGCGCGUGCUGGGCCUCGUCUGCGUCUUUAUGGCGGCCAAGAUUGAAGAGGUCCAUCCGCCGAAAGCUGCGGAUCUCGUGGCGUUCCUAGCGGACCGAGGGGGUACACAGUUGGUGGCGCAAGACCUUGCGCGCUUUGAAGUCGAGUAUAUUGGGGAGCUGCAGUGGAACCUUCACCCAACGACACCGUACGCGUGGCUGCUGUUUAUGGUAGCGGGCGGCUCGGCUGACCAAAGGCCUCUGGACACUAUGGGCGACUUUGUCGAUCCAGCACGCAAUCUGUCGGGCACGAAAGAGCUGUUUGCGAACGCUAUUCGUCUGGUGGACAUUGCGCUGCUGGACUACCAGGCAAUCGAGUACUGGCCCAGUGUACUGGCUGGUGCGGCUGUGCUGCUGGUGGAUCCGGCGCUGGACUUUAUGUUUGUCGCGCAGUUCUUGCAGCUAGACCCCAAUGUGCUGUGGGAGUGCAAGUCGUGGCUGUAUGUCAUUGCCUAUGGCGUGUGCGAUCUGGAGGCUACAAGCACGCAGGCUAAAGACCGCUGGGUCAAAGUGCCGACUGAGGAGCGGCUGUUUAUCCAGUCCCAGGUUGUGGUGCCAAGUCACUUGGCGUGUGGUCUGUUGCGGCCGAACACUGUGGUUGAUUUGUACUCGACUGGCAUGAACACUCCGCUGGGAAAAGGCUACGGGCUGGAGACGUGUCCGUCCCCGUGCUCGCCUAGCAACAAUUAUGCUGUGGUGGCACCGCCGCCAACGUGCAUGUGUAGUGGCAGCUACCAUUCGUGCGGUGGAGAAGAAACGCCCGGUCCACAUGUGUACCACUUUAAGUAUGGCUGGCAAGGCUUUGAAGCGGGUCUCUUAGCGGAGCCUACCUUUGGUGGGAAUCAACAAGAGCCGCGCAUGCAGCAGCCGUAA